AUGGAAGGUGGGUUAAUUUACUCCGGAAAAGGGUACAGAAACGAAAGGCUGGCCGCCCUGAUGAGUUUCGUCAAAAGCAUGAACAUUUCCCUUAAAAUUUCAUUGGGUAUCUGUGUAAGCUUCUUUACUAUACUGGUUGGAAUUCUUUUGAUACUUAGUAUGUCUAAGCUUCGUUAUUAUCCGUGUAAGAUAAUCGAGUUGCUAAAACGCAUUGCAACAUCACAACACAUACUGGCUAUACAUAAUAAUAAUGCACCUUCCAAGUUAGCACCCAGAAAGUUUUCUGCACGAGAAAUUUCUUGGGCGACAGAUGAUUUCUACGGCGGCAGAUUCAUUCGCAGAGGAGGCAAAGGAAUAGUUUACAAAGGAGUUCUACAAGAUAAAAGCGUGGUGUCCAUAAAGAAGUUCAAGUCAGAAGUACCUAGUAGAAUUGUCUCUAAAAUCUUUGUUAACGAGGUGACUAUUCUUUCCCAGAUUAAACACAGACAUAUUGUGAGGCUAUUAGGUUAUUGUGCAGAUCUGGGAGAAGAAACCCUAGUUUGCGAGUUCAUCAACAAUGGCACUCUUUACGAGCACAUUCAUGAAAAAAGCGAAGGAUCAUCAACACUCUCAUUCCAAUUGCGAAUGAAGAUAGCAGUAGAAAUCUCAGCUGCACUAGAAUACUUGCACUCCUCCUCUACUUCCAAGAAUUUAUCAAUCGUACAUCUAAACGUGAAUUCAAAAAGAAUACUAUUAGAUAAGAAUUACAGGGCAAGAUUGGCCAACUUUAGAGAGGCAAAAGUGAUUCCUCAAGAUCAAACUCAAAUACAAGGUACCCUGCGAGGUUUAGCCGGAUACUUAGACCCUGAAAGUAAAAAAUCAAAGAAGUUGUCAACAAAGAAUGACGUCUAUAGCUUUGGAGUGGUCCUAGUUGAGCUACUGACAAGCCAGAAAGCAUUUUGUGGUGAAAAGCCUAAGGGACAGAGAGGCCUAGCAAAGUUAUUUGCUCGUUCAGUGGAAGAGGGUCGCUGGGAUCAAAUUCUUGAUCGUAAAAUAAUCAAGGAGGAAAAUUUGGAGACAGCCAAGAAAGUGGUUGAUCUCGCAAAAAGCUGUUUAGGGUUACAAAAUGAAAGGCCUUCCAUGAGAGAAGUAGCCUUGAAGCUCGAGGUUAUGGCAUGGGAUUAUUCAGCUGCUAAGGGACUGGCUAAGUUGAAUUUCUCUCCAUCUCCCAAAGAGACGGACGAGUUGCUUGGGUCACCUUCAAACGCUCAACUUCUUCAUGUCAGACGUGAACACGAUGAAUCUUUUGGCCGUGCAGAGUUAUACGACGACAGCAGCUUGCAAAAUGAAAUCGAAAUUAAUGUCGAACUCGUAUGA